GGACACAGGCUCUCCAAACCCUGUCUGUGCUCGGUAUAUUAGGCAGCCAGUGCUGUUGGCUGGGAGCCCAGACGAGGCUUUUGUAAUCAAAACAUGAUCUUGUAGGCUGUGCAACCAGUGCUGGGAGGCCGUCUGAUGGCUCUCCUCUUUUAGCUCUGCUCUGGAAUCCGCCGGGCGCUGCCGCCGAUGUCCACCAUGCACCGAGCUGAUGCUGCUGUGGACGAUGCAGUGUUGAGGAAGAAAGAGCAGAAGGAUGUUGAACUCGAUAAGAAAAUCUUGGCGCUGCGGAAGAAGAACGAAGCUCUCAUACGAAGGUACCAGGAAAUAGAAGAGGAUAAAAAGCGAGCUGAGCAGGAGGGCAUGGCUGUCACCUCCAGGAGACCCAAGCAGGAUGGACUCACUAUUACCAUCACCAAAGCCCACAAUGACCUGAAAGAUGCAAUUACCCAGACUGAACUCUGUGGACAAGAUAGCCCAGCCCUUUCGAUGGACAAAAGGGUAGUGAGUGAGAAAUGGGUCAGCCCCUGUCCUACGAGCCCUGGGUUUGGCAUUGGCAGUGAGGAAGAGGAGGAGGAGGAGGAAGCAGAUCAUAUGUUCACAUUCAGGAUGGGGAAGAGGAUGCAGCUGGCUGUUACCAUGGACAACAAAGCCAAGGGCAAGCGCAUCGUCAGCGAGAAGCGCCCCGAGGGCUUCCCUGGCCCGGGCAGGGUGCCAGACCUGGGUGAGGAAGGCACCGACCACCUGGUGGCUUUCCGCAGGGGCAGGAGGAUGCAGAUUGCCAUCACCAUGGACAACAAGGAAAAGGCAGAGGAGAGGAGAACAGCAGAGAAGAGGAGAUCAGACAGCGACAGAGGCUCAGAAAGUGAGCAUAGCCGGAAGGACGGUGGGAAGCCAGCCCAGAAGAGCCCCGGGGAGCCGAGCCUGGCGCUGACGGGGCGGGAGCGCUCCGAGUACGUGCGCUGGAAGCGGGAGCGGGACCAGAUCGACCUGGAGCGGCUGGCGCGACACAAGAACGCCAGGGGCGAGUGGCGACGGGCCUGGGACGUGGAGAAGUCGGAGCACAUGUUUGAAGAGGACUUUGUUAAGGAUGGGGAGCCAGCCUUGGAUAAUCCCAGCCAUAAGAAAGGGGGAAGAAACCCAAGGAAAUUCCAGCACAGAUCUUUUCCUUCCAACGGGAGAGGUGGAGGACAGCAUGGAGUGAAUGUGAGCGACCCUGGUCAGAAGGCAGUGCCUGCUAUGAGCAGCCGAGCCAAGGGGAAGGACAGACUGACGGGCAGAGCCAGGAGGUGGGAUGCAAAAGAAGGCGAGGAGCUGUCUUUUCUGAAGGAUGACCCUGACAGCCAGAGGAGCCUCGCUAUGGACAAGUGGAAGAGCAGAGGUGAGGAGGGGGUGGAAGAGAACUGCACAGCUGACCAGGAGGAGAAGGUGAAACAGACAAGCCCCCAGGAUCAGGGGGCCCCCCUCUCACAAAGUCUCCGAAGCGGGAAGGUCCUGUCUGCCCACAACGGCCAGAAGGAGGAGCAGAGAGGAGUGAAGGGCAUGGAGGUGGCCGUGCCCAGCGCAGGUGCCUCAGAGCCAGCGCCCAAGCCAAGUCAGGAAGGCACCGGGGAAGAUGCCGAUGGGACGCCUGGCACUGCUGGUGUCUGCCAGGAGAAGGAGAGCGCUGACAGCUCUGCCCCACAGAGCAGCUUGCCGAGCACUGUGCAAGCCACCAGGCACAGCAGUGAGGAGCCUUUGUCACUGCCUGUGGCACCUGGCUCAGAGCAAACCUCAGCUUCAGGACAGGAGCCCACGGAGGGCUCCCCAGCCAGCCACGGAGGAAAGCUGGACACAGCAGCAGGAGACAGACUGGAUGCAGGUCAAGGACAGCUGGUGGGAAAAAGAGGGGAGGAAGUGACCCAAACCAGUGCCACUCAGGGGCAGACAUUUGCACUGAAAGAUGGGCAAGAUGCUGAAGGCACUGAACACAGAGAGCCUCUGCCCCCGAGGGACACCAGCUCUGAGGAGACUGUUGUGUCUGAGCAAGACACAGCAAAAUCACAGUCCAGGGAAGGGGACCAGCCUGAGGACUGCAAGGACAAGGACAGUGAGGACACCCACAACUAGCAAAGAUUGUACCAGCUGGCCUGAGACAAAAGGAUAACGUGCUGAAGGUGGUGGAUGAGAAGAGCACAAGCUUGUCCUCACUCUUUGACCUCCUAUGAAACCAGCUUUCAGCACCUGCCCCAUGCCCUUCAGUACCAUCCACUACACGUGGGGUCUUCCUUUGGCGUCCCUCACGCAACAGUUUUGGCCUCACCCUUCCCUAUCCUGAUCCCAAAGGACAGGGAAGGCUGCACACCCCAAACCUACAAAGGAGACAUCAUCACUUGUGCUUUGUGUUUGUUUUGCCUCUGCUGCAGCUGUGUGGCAAGCCAAUGACACAUCAACUGGAUGCACUUUAUCUUAGUCAACUAAUCCUGUUUCAAGCUAGGACGCAGGUCUCUAGGCACACACCCCCUUCCCUUCCACACAGGCUGGCAGGGGCUGGGGGAGCUUCUCCCUAGCUGCUGGGCAGGGAGCAGGAGCUGGGGCAGGGGUGGUGAAGUUGUGGUUCAGCAGGUGGGUGACAAAGGGGUAUUCAGAGCAGGGCUGGAGGUGGCUGAAGUGCUGGCAGAGGGGCGCAGCAGUGCCACGGGCUGCAGGGCACAAAGGGGGAAGGGGAGUCUUCAAUUAGCUGUGAAGUGCAGGUGCUUUUGUUAAGUAUAUUAACACCACCUGGUCUAGUGGAAGGUGUUCCCGGCAGGGGGGUUGGAUGAUUUUGAAGGUCCCUUCCAACCUAAACCAUUCUGUGGCUCAAUGAUCUCAGCCUUGAGCAGCCUCCUUCCUCCUGUGAGAUGCAGCAGGACACAAGCAGCAGAGGAGCAGCAGGUCAGGAGGCUGGGCCAGGAGGCUGGGCUUUCUGCUGAGGUGGCUGCUGGAGGAGGCACACGGAGCUCAGCAGCACACACUACCCCCUCCCAACACAGGCCGGGCCCCAGCAGCUGUGGCUGCCUGCAGCUCCAUGUGCCGAGCAAGGCGGCACAAAUGCAAUCACCUGCUUCUCCACCACACUGCACAGAGGAGCUUGCAGCAGCAGCCAGGCCACACCAGAACUGAACUGAGAGGGAGAUCUCAUCAAUGCUGACCAAUACUUGCAAGGGUGGGUGUCAGGAGAACGGGACCAGGCUUCGUUCAGUGAUGCCCAGGGACAGGACAAGGGGCAAUGGGCAUAAACUGGAACAUCAGAAUUUCCAUCUAAACGUGAGGAGGAACUUCUUUAAGGGUGGCAGGGCCCUGGAGCAGGCUGCCCAGAGAGGUGAUGGAGUCUCCAUCUGUGGAGACAUUCCAAAGCUGCCUGAGCAUGUUCCUGUGUGACCUCCUCUAGGUGACCCUGCUUUAGCAGGAGGGUUGGACUCAAUGAUCUCCAGAAGUCACUCCCAACCCCUAGCAUUCUGUGAUACCACAAAGGCCUAAGGCUUCCUCUGAAUGCUUUCACCUUCCUGGUUGUGCCUUUCACAGCUUUGUGCUGGAGUAAGAGGGGAGCAGCUCCCCUAGAAGCUGAAGCAAGGGCAUUUUGGCCCAGCCUUAAAAGACACUUUUCAAGUCAUGAAAGAGCAGUUACAAGCAUAAAUGUGCCAAGAUCCCAGCUGUCUGGAUGGCAAGCAGCAAAGAGAAUCACAGCAAGUAGAAGCCAGCUGAAGUGUGGCUGCCAGAGGAGGAGUUAACACAAUUUGUGUUGAGGGAAACCUCACUGCUCUCUACAGCUCCUUGAAAGGAGGUUGCAGUGAGGUGGGGGCUGGUCUCUGCUCCCUAGUAUCAGAUAAGAGGAAAUGGCCUGAAAUUGUGCCAGAGGAGGUUCAGGUUGGAGAUUUGGAACAAUUUGUUCUUGCAAGAGUGGCCAGACAUUGAAACAGGCUGCCCAGGGAGGUGGUAGAGUGUUCAAGAACCGUGUGGCCUUGGCACAUGGGGACAUGGUUUAGUUGCCCUGGUGGUGUUGGGUUGAUGGUUGGACUCUAUGAUCUUGGAGAUCUUUUCCAACCCAAACAAUUCUGUGAUUCUGAUUCCUGACUAAACACAGAGCACAGAGGGUGUUACCCUCACCUUGAAGUGCUGCCCUAAAACUUGAGGCAGGAGUAAAUAAAGAUGUGGAGAGCUAUGAGUGGAGAUGAAUGUGGUUCCAUCACAAGAUGUGAUGCUAAGCAGAAGAGUAAGCUGCUUUGGUGGAAAAGGUGGCCUGUGUGGACAGAAACGCCCCAUGCUGCUUUAAUAAACUAGUAUUUGCACAGGGGAGCUUUAUUUCCACCCAACUUAGCCUGAGAAUUUCCUCUGCUGCCAAAUUCAGGAGGGUUUACUGGCUUCAGACCAGGCAUUAUCAGGAAACAGAGUGUGCAGCUUUCACAUUUUAUCAGCAGAAACAUCUUCACCCCGCCCAAAGCCCAGGAUGGGUUUAGUUGGACUCAUCCAGCAGACAGAUAAAAGCCAGAUUGUAGAAGUGCUCCAGGUCCUAGAGAUUCUCCAUGGCUGUUGAAGACUGAUUUUCCUUAUCUGCCUGGCUCGAAUGCCUGCUUACAGCUGUUGAAUUGUUCCAUUUCUGAUGAUUUGUCACUCAGGCAGGCUGAGUCCUUAACCAGCACACACCAGAAGCUGCCUUGCCUCAAGGUCCAUGCAAAAUACACCCUCAGAUCCAGCUUGUGGCACCUCAGCAGCACUUGGGCACCCAGCCAAGGAAAGACUUUUACCCUGCCCCUGCUCCAGCAAUUGAGCUGUAGAGAUAAAACCCCAACUGCAACUGUUCUAUCUUACUUAGCACCCCAGACUCCUUUUUGAAAGGAAAAACAUCACUCCCCCCCUAUUACCACCUCUUUUUUUCCCCCCCCUCUCCUGCAAAGCCAAAUUAUUCUGCAUUGAAUGAUGCUGAGGAAGGACUGGGUCUGUUCCAAGCUCUGGGGAUGGGACUGUACAAAUCGUGCCUGUUCCAAGUGUCAUUUUUUUCCCCCUGCUCAUUAACACUUUGCUCAAAUGCACUUUUUGGUUGGUGCCUGGAUUGCAAGUUUUCAGAAAACUGUGGCUGUUUCUUCUUUAUGGUGAGAGAAAAGGCUGAAAAGCUGAACAAUCUGAUGUAGAAGGGUUAUUUAUAUGGAAUAAAAGUUGUCAUGAGGAGAGAAAAAAACCACA